CUUGUCGCGCGCGGUGCAUGCCGGUUGGGGGGAGGAAGUAGACGGGUUUCUCCCCGUAAUGGCAGAGAGCCUCGCCUGACGUCACUUCCGAAUAUAGUACAGAAUCAGACUGCUGCUUCUACAGAAGACCUACGUAGUGCUGGGGACACCAUGUUUCGCUUCAUGAGGGACGCAGAGCCGCAAGAUCCAGCCAUGUUCCUGAUGGAUCCUUUUGCAUUGCACCGCCAGCACAUGAGACGCAUGUUUUCCGGUGGCUUUGGAAUGUCCCCAUUCCUAAGUCUCACAGAUGGGAAUGUUCCCUCGCUUCCUCGGUCUGCAGCCCCACGUGACAUGCAGGCAGGAGCAGUCACACCCUAUGGCAUGAUGGGAAUGGGUGGCGGAUUCAUGGACAUGUUUGCAAUGAUGAAUGACCUCAUGGGAGGUGUGGAGCAUCUGUCAAAUGCUUCCAACUGUCAGACGUUCUCAUCCUCCACUGUCAUCUCUUACUCCAAUAUGGGGGGCAGCGGAGCCCCUAAGGUGUAUCAGGAGACGUCGCAGACCUGCAUGGCACCUGGCGGGAUCCGCGAGACGAGGCGCACAGUGCGGGAUUCGGACAGUGGAAUGGAACAGAUGAGUAUUGGGCACCACAUCAGAGAACGGGCACACAUCAUGCAGCGCUCCCGCAACCACCGCACCGGAGACCGAGAGGAGAGGCAAGAGUACAUCAACUUGGAUGAAAAUGAGCUUGCUGAAUUCGAUGAAGAAUGGCAGAGAGAGACCUCCCGUUACAGAAAUCAGAGGGGGAUCGCGUACAGAAGGAGAGGGGCCCCAGAGGAGAGACUUGCCAUCCAGGGACCCGAAGACAGCACGGCCAGGCCAUCUCGCCGAUAUGACUGGUGAUAGCGAAUACCUGCACAAAUGGGACAAGAUUCCAAAUAUUCCCAAAGGGACCACUCCCUCCUCACACCGCUCCAUCAUCUCCCGAUGCUUCUCGUUAUUCCCUCCCCCACUCUGCUCCCCCAUUUUUGUUUGUCCCCACCCCCCCCCCCCAUAGGUUUCCACAUCUGCACUUUUUUCCCUAUAAUCUUGAAUUCCAUAAAGUAUUCUACUAUACAAAUGGGAGCUUCUGUAGGGAGGGGUGAAAAAUUCUGUGGGGGAGGGCGGGGUUGUAAAUGGGGGUAGAUGGAGAAAUGACUACAGGGGUGGGAAAAGGCAACGGGGUAGAGGGAGAGAUGUCCUGUUAGGGAAGAGGGUUUAAUAUUUAAGUUCUCUAGGCGUAGUUUUUAAUGUAUAUAGGCAGACAUGAAGUUCUGUGGUGGGGGAGCAGGGGGGGGGGGGGUUCACGCAGGGAGGAGCGCUGAUGUAUAAAGCAAGGGGGGCGAUCUGUGGGCUUUAACAGAUUGUCUUAGAUGAGAAGAGAGCGGAGAAGAAGGAAGCCAUCUUGCGUGUGGCGUUCUGAAGGAAGAAGAGCGGUGAGACGCACAGCAAAACAAUGAUUUGGGGAGGGGGAGGGGCGCGAUACCAGAACUAUGCUCUACCUAGUAGGGGGUUGUAGUAGAACUUUUUUUUUUUUUACUUUUUUUUUUCCUUUUUUUUUGUUUUGUUUUUGUUUCACAAUGUUUAAUAAUAUUAAUAAUUGUACAACUGACUUAAUAAAAGGAGAAUGUGUUCUGUUA